CCCUGAUUGCAAUCAUGAUACUUACUCAGGCGGUUUGACUCCAUGCUAUUUAACUCAAAGAUGCUGUGUGUUGUUUUUAAAAGCCUCUCUCGUGGUUUCUCAUCACUGGUCUUACUCUUUCCCUUACUCUUGCAGCUUCACAAUACAACUUCGCCAUGGUCAGCUAUAGUAACUACUCUUAUAGCCUCGAAAACCUGGAUGUUUUCAAAUGGGAAGGGUCAUGGGAACUCAGUGCAUAUGAUGCUUCUAGCGUUAAUGAGGUUGGGGUAAUGGCUUGGACACAGGACCUGACAGCCAACGUAACCUUCACUUUUCCUGCACCAGCUAAUGCUUUCUACUAUUACGGCAUACCUCGCUGCUGUGGGGCAUUGUAUGCAAUAUGUAUCGACUGUGAUCCCGAAAGUUCCAAAUUCGAGAAGAUCAACGCUGUCAACAGCACUGACGAUGGUAAAAAUCCUCCGAUCAUCCUGUACACCAAAUCCUUUGAUCAGCUAGGAAUACAUCAGAUAAUCUUAACCAACCAGGACGACGCACGGGGGCUUUCGGAGUUAACGCUGGCCAAAUUUGUACUCCAGAUUGAGGAUAACAAUGUUACUGCUACAGAAAGCUUGACGUUGACGUCUGGAGCAUCCUCCUUCUCCUUCAUCUCUGUGACCUCAUCUACCACUCCGGCGCCGGUAUCUCAAUCAACCAGAACCUCACCUUCCCCCACAGGUGCCAUCGUUGGAGGAGUUGUAGGAGGCGUCGCGGUCAUCUCCCUUUGCUUAAUUAUAUGGUUUUUUAAGCGACAUCGCCAUCGUACACAGCCAGAGCAUAACGACAUGAAUACGAGUUCCUAUAUCAGUCCCCAUCAACAGUCCCCAUUCAUUAUAUCUCACCCAAAUACGCCUAUCCCUACCCCGUAUACCGUGAUGGAGACCACCUCUCAUCAUAUGCCAAAGGGAGCAAGAAGAGUUUCAGUGGCUGCUGGACCUUCAAUUUCAAAUGCACCAUUGGGACAGGCACACCCCUCUUCAUCACGUAUGGCCUCCGGUGAACGCUGGCCUCAGCGGGAAAAUGAUGCGGGUCGGAUAGACGCUGAUGAUGGUGGCAACAAUAGUGCCGCAACGUUCCCGCCUGGGUACGAGGAUAUUGUCAGCGGUGGACACGUUGAUGGUGAACAACCUACCACUAGAGGCCUAACGUCCCUCUAGUAAGUAGAGGGACGUUGAUUUGCAGGUUGCCUACACCUGAGGUUCGAAGGCCUCCUCCCUCGGAAAGUGGGCCUUCUUGAGCUUCUUGACAACCUUUUCAUGAACUCGUCCAGUUUGAUGAGACCAACCUUCUACUCGUUAUUCCAUAUUUUCUUUCUAUCUCAGGUGUUUGUAAACUUGUAAAGUUACCUGCCGUAGCGCCUAUUUAAGCUUCGAGAAAUUUCAGUGAUCCUCCAAUACCACAACUUGUAUUUCAAAGUAGAGC